AUGGCUCUGAAACUGGACAUUAGUAAAGCUUGUGACCGCAUCGAAUGGUCUUUUCUUGAACAUAUUAUGCAAAGGUUGGGUUUUGCCGAUGAGUGGAUUACUUGGAUCAUGCAGUGUAUCAUGACAGUCUCCUAUUCCUUCAAGCUCAAUGGGGAGCCUAUAAGUUUUGUCCAACCUAAACGGGGUAUACGGCAAGGGGAUCUGUUAUCCCCGUUCUUGUUUGUGAUUUGUGCAGAAGGUUUAUCGGCAUUGUUGGAUGAGGGGGAGUCCCAAGGUCGGAUUAAAGGUAUAAAGGAUUGUUGUGAACUAAAGAAUGUCCUACAUACUUAUGAAUUGGCCUCGGGGCAUGCUGUUAAUUUGUCCAAAAGUUGUGUGUCGUUUAGUGCAAAUGUGAAUGAAGUGGAUGCCCAGGUGCUUGCUGAUUGCUUGGGUAUGAAUAGAGUUAAUUAUCAUGAUCGUUAUCUUGGAUUAUCGAUGUACACCGGUAAGUCUAAGAAACAGACAUUUGCUUAUAUCAAAGAUCGCCUUUGGAAAAAAUUGAAUGGAUGGCGUGGGAGUUUGUUAAGCAAUGCUGGUAAGGAGAUCUUAAUUAAAAUUGUCGCCCAGGCGGUACCAUUGUAUACCAUGCAGACUUUCUUGCUUCCGAAGACGUUAUGUGAUGAGUUGAAUAAGAUGGUUGCCCAAUUUUGGUGGGGGAAAGAGGUUGGAAAGCGACGUAUUCACUGGGUGAGUUGGAAGAAGAUGUGCAAGCCUAAAAGUGAGGGAGGGUUGGGAUUUAAAGAUUUGUAUGCUUUUAAUCUUGCUUUGCUAGCUAAGCAAGGUUGGAGGAUCAUUCAACAACUAAAUUCUCUUGUGGCCCACCUGUUUAAAGCUCGGUAUUUCCCUGAUAUGGAAUUUUUAAUAGCUCCUGUAAAAUCAAAUUCUUCAUUCUGUUGGAGAAGCAUUACAACAGCUAGAGUGUUGAUUCAACGUGGGGCUAGAUGGAGGGUAGGUGAUGGAUUGCAGAUUGAGAUUUGGGGGGAUAGCUGGUUGCCGAGGGAUAAUUAUGCUAAAGUGUUGAGUCCGGUACCUGUAGGAGUCCAUCAUAACCUCACGGUUACAUCUUUAAUGGUGGAGACGAAUAGGUUACGAUGGAAUAUGCAGGUGGUAUCACAAAUGUUCUUUCCUGAAGAAGCCAAUCUAAUUUUCAGUAUUCCUUUGAGUUUAUUUAAUCCACCUGAUAAGUUAAUUUGGAUUAAAGAACCUCAAGGGAACUUUACAACAAAGAGUGCAUACUUCGUUGCUCGGACUUGUAGUGAAAUUUGUGGAGAUAUUCCAGGCCAUUCCGAGAUUUCGACAGAGAUUAAAUUAUUAUGGAAGGCAUUAUGGCGUGCUAAAGUACUUAUGGAUGAUUGUUGUGUUUUCUAUGGUAAUGAACCGGAAAUGAUUGAACAUAUAAUGUUGAGGUGUUCCCAUGCUAAAGCGAUAUGGUCCUCUAGCCCCUUGGGAUCACAAUCUAUGCAACACGGAGAUAUGGGGUUAAAAGGUUGGUUGGCUCGUGUGGCUUCCAAUAUAUCAAGGGAGAGCUUUGACUUAGUGCUUGUUAUGCUAUGGAAUAUUUGGAAGCUCCCUAAGCCUAAGUCUCUAGAUGUACAGAAAUGGAGGAAGCCGGACGAAGGUUGGCUAAAAUCGGCACUUAAAGUGGAGGGAAUUUCAUUACCUUUGUUGGCUGAAACUAUUGCAGCCCGUGAAGCUGCCUUGUUUGUACAACAAUGGAAGCUGCAAAAGGUCAUUUUGGAAGGUGAUGCCCUGUUGGUAAUUGCUGCCAUUCAGAAUGAUUUGGAUGUGAAUCAUGGACCUCUUGGGCAUGUCUUGUCUGAUAUACAUUUGCUUUUACAACCGUUCCAACAGUGGAAGGCACACUUUGUGCGACGAGAUGCUAAUACUGUGGCUCAUUGGCUAGCUCGCAGAGGUUUAACUUUGGAGCAAUCAGUUUCAUGGUUUGAAGAACCCCCUGAUGUAAUUGUUGAUUUACUUUUGGAAUAUAAUUUGAACUCUUAA